AUGAUUGGAGAGGAGUUCAGCACUUUGGUGGCUUCUGUAGAUUUCAAAGCUGGCACCACCACCUUGCCUUUCUUGAGGGUGGCUUUGUGUGCCACCCAAGUGACCGCACCCAGGAGCUUCAUUAGAGAUGGAAUCAGCAAAAUGAUUUGCAAAUCUGACUUUGACAAGCUCAAGCAGAAGAAGGCUUUUGAUGACAUCAUGAAAGCAGAGCAGCUCAUGGUUGCAGCUUGGCAGACACUUGAGGCAUCUGGGCUGCCACUGGAGAAAACAGCCCUCCCUUUUGGCAAGUUCCAAAUCCGCCUGGUGCUUCUGCUUUUGGCCAAGGAGCUGAAGGGCAGGGAAGGCAAAGAGUACAAGACUUUAUUGGCCAUCAAUGAGCAAUUCCAAGCUGAUUUUGCUGAGUGCUGUGGAAGUGGCCCAGGGCCUUCUGCUACAGCAAAAGCAAAGAGUGCUGCAACAAUGGUCAAGUCUUUGGACCAGGUGAAUGACCCAGUCCAGAUUGUGUUGGCUGGCAACAGUCACAUCCAGCUUGGGAAGCACUACAUUCUCAGGGAGGAUGGUGAUGGUAAGGUUUGGAAGCUGGAGGAGGUCGGCCCAACCAGUGCAAAGUUCUCCCAUGCUCCAUAUUUUGGCAGCAAAGAAGAGAAGGAGAUACCCCACAGUGAGUUGAAAAAGGCGAAGCUAUGGGUGAAGCCAGGCCCUUGCCUCAUUGAAGAGUCUGUGAGGAAAGCACUCUUGCCAGCUGCCUCCAGCACUUUCAUUGAAGAGGUUGCCAGGUCAAAGGCCCAGUGUGCAUUGUAUGACAAGUUCACACAGCAAGGUCCUAUGGACGUGCUUGUGAGCAAUUUGAACCAAGUCUUCAGUGGAGGCAAAUACAACAAGAACAAAUUGGUGCUGGUACCUUUGGGGAAUCUCCAACUGGUGCCCUUUGAGAAGGUCACCAAGAACCAGUGUGUGAUCAAAUGCUCUGAACUCAGCCAUGUGGCAUUGGUGGUGGCACCGACCAAAGUUGACUUCACCAAGGGAACUGGCAUGUUUGUUCCAUAUUGGUUUCUCAAGGAGGGCAACCCUGAGGAUGUUGAGUGUGUCAUGCAGAAGCAGCUGGUCAAGCACGACAAUUUGCACAUUCCUGUGUAUGUGAACAAGAGGCAAGUGGAUCUUGGUUGCCCUUUGUUCCUGGAGCCUCAGGAAGACACUUCCAACAAAAAGAAAAAGAUUGGCAAGAAAUGA